CUGUAUGGAUGAUGGUGUCAGAUGGGCAAUGAGGCCCACCGGGAUGGGACGAGGCGCACCAUCGACGUCAACAGGGAGGGAGCAGAGGAUGGGAUGGACCAACCAGUGGACGGAAGGUUGGGCCGGUUGUCGCGGGGGAAAGGCAACUUGGGCUCUCACUGGCCACCGCGAUCAGCCGCCAGCCCGUGGAUCCUUUUAGCAGCAGCAAAAAGAGGAGCCAGCAAUGAUGAAGAUGA